UACCAAAGCGCACGGCAGAGGACAGUGUGAAAGCGUUUGAGUCAAGACAUACAAGAGCUAGCAGGAGUAGACACCUGGUUCUAGAAUCGCUCUAGUGGUGCGCGGAUGUGUACCGGAAAGCACCUUGCGAUGGCGGAGACGGCGGGGGUGGCCUUGGUACCCUCAUUGUACCGGAAGCACGGCUCAAGGAAUUGGGCCGAGAUACGAGACCAGUGCACCAGACAUUGCGACGACAUCGAAUUUCUCACCGACGAUUCAGCUACGGCAAGGAAGGUACUGCUUGCAUCUUCUUCGCCUGCCUCGACCCAGCCUAUAUUCAUCAAGAGCACACAUACUGAAUUGAUGGUUGCUUUCGUGAAAACAUCAAUAUCUCUCGACCGGCAUGCGGCACACCCCCGUAUCGGACGUUUUUCAAAAGCCGCCGGCACUGUGAAUUGUGGACAUCGAGUCAGUGAGCAUAGCGGGAUGUGGAGUUACUACCAGCUCGAAAGGGUGUGUCGAACCGUUCGUUAUAUGUCAUUAGUAUCCGUAGCGUGGCCGUGCAUCCAAUCACCAAUCUGCCGGACCAGCAUUCGGCGGAAAAUGGGGUGGUAGCUUCGGGGGCUUUACCCCGACCCACGUUUUCCCCACACUGCACUCCACACGCAUCGUCUUGGCAAUCGUCGGCUCCAACUUAUGGCAAUCUCGACUGUGCCAAGCCUAGAGGAAGGCUGGAGUUAGCACAUGUUCCAAGCCAACGGUCCAUCCGAAGUUUCCCCAAGC